UGCCGCCCCCGCCCGGUGCCGCCAUGCCGCUGCCGGUGCUCUUGCUGCGGGCUGCGGGCGCUUGGACCCGGCUCCGGCCGCCCUCCGCUUUGGGGCGCAGUUUCAGGUAUGGGGGGCACCUGGGGCUGGAGGGCCCCCGGCUGCCCCCCGCACCUCCGGCCCCCCGCCUGCUCCUGGCCGGCUCAGCCACAGGCUGCGUGGUGCUGGGGCUGCUGCACACAGCUGCGCGCUGCCAGGAGGCCACUGUCCCCGCGGUGCCCCCUGCUGUCCCUGGUGGUCCCGAGCCUCCAGAGUCCCCCACGGAGCCCCCCUUUGAUUGGCCGCUGUUCUGGACCCGCCCGCAGCUCCUGGCACUCUCAGCUGCCGUCCUGCUGGCGCUGGGCGCGGCCCUGCUCAACGUGCGCAUCCCGGUGCCUGGGCAGCUGGUGAACGUGGUGGCCCGAUGCGCCCGCGGCCACGUCCCCACGUACCUGCGCGAGGUGCGGCGCCCGGCCCUGCGCCUCCUUGCCGUCUACUGCCUGCAGGGCCUGCUGACCUUCGGGUACAUCGCGCUGCUGGCUCGCGUCGGCGAGCAGGUGGCCGGCAACAUGCGCAAGGCACUCUUCAGUGCCCUGCUCAGGCAGGAGGUGGCCUUCUUUGACGCCACGCGCACGGGGCAGCUGGUGACACGGCUGACGGCCGACAUCCAGGAGUUCAAGUCUUCCUUCAAGCUGGCCAUCUCCCAGGGCCUGCGCAGCAGCACCCAGACCGCCGGCUGCUUCGUGUCGCUGUACCUGCUCUCGCCCAAGCUCACGGCGCUCCUGCUCGUGGCGCUGCCGGUGCUGGUGGGCUCCGGGGCCGUCAUCGGCGCCUUCCUCCGCAGCCUCUCCCGCCAGGCACAGGAACAGGUGGCCAAGGCCACCGUGGUGGCUGACGAGGCCCUGGGCAACGUGCGGACUGUGCGCGCCUUUGCCAUGGAGGAGCAGCAAGCAGGGCUGUUCUCUGUCGAGGUGGACCGUGCUGGACAUCUGAGCGAGCGGCUGGGACUCGGCAUCGCCGCCUUCCAGGGGCUCUCCAACCUGGCGCUCAAUGGCAUCGUCCUGGGAACCAUCUUUGUUGGUGGCUCCCUGAUGGCUGGAGACGAGCUCUCGCCUGGUGACCUCAUGUCCUUCCUGGUGGCCUCGCAAACAGUGCAAAGGUCCUUGGCCAACAUCUCCAUCCUGAUGGGCCAGGUGGUGCGGGGUCUGAGUGCCGGUGCCCGUGUCUUCGAGCUCCUGAGGCUGGAGCCGCCUGUGCCGCUGCAGGGCGUCUCCAUCCCUGCCCACUCCCUGCUCGGACACAUCUGCUUCCAUCAUGUCUCUUUCAGUUAUCCCACGCCUGGCUACCCUGUCCUUCAGGACUUCAGCCUCACCCUGCCCCCCUGCCAGACAGUGGCCAUUGUGGGGCCCUCUGGAGGAGGGAAGUCGACGGUGGCUGCGCUGCUGGAGCGGUUCUACGAGCCCAUGGCGGGAACCAUCACCCUGGAUGGGCACGACAUCGCCAGCCUGGACCCCUCCUGGCUGCGGGGGCAGGUCAUCGGCUUCAUCAGCCAGGAGCCAGUGCUGUUUGGCACAACCAUCAUGGAGAACAUCCGCUUCGGGAAGCCGGGAGCCUCUGAUGCAGAGGUGUACGAGGCCGCCCGGCUCGCCAACGCUGACGGCUUCAUCCGCAGCUUCCCUGAGGGCUACGACACCAUCGUGGGUGAGCGUGGCACGGCGCUGUCUGGGGGGCAGAAGCAGCGCAUCGCCAUUGCCCGCGCGCUGCUCAAGGACCCGGCUGUGCUCAUCCUGGACGAGGCCACGAGCGCGCUGGAUGCGCAGGCGGAGCGGGCGGUGCAGGAGGCCUUGGACCGUGCGGCCACUGGCCGCACCGUGCUGCUCAUCGCCCACCGCCUCAGCACCAUCCGCGGCGCGCAGCUCAUCGCCGUGCUGGCCCACGGCCGCGUGGCUGAGGCAGGGACUCACGAGGAGCUGGUGCGACGGGGAGGUGUCUAUGCUGAGCUCAUCCGACAGCAGACGAAGGAGGGGUCCUGAGGGGUCCCCCCGCUGCUCCCCAAUAAACCAGGGGUGGAAAGCGGA